AUGAAGACGUCUCCUCGAAACGCUGCAGGGAACACCACAAUGAGGAAAUAUUAUCAACUUAUUCUCGUCAUAGUAUGCUUUAUGAGCAUAAUUACUUUGCUCAUAUACCGCCAUGAGUACUACAGGCUGAGGUACGUGCUCGAAGUGUUGAAUUUCUUUGGCAAACCGGGCCUUUCUGAGAUCGAAUUCUGCGGCCCAGGUUUUAACGCGACUAUGUUAUCUGAGAUCCUUCGAAAUUCAUCGCUAGAAAUCCGCGAAACUCCGCCUCUCUUUCAGCAGAUUGACGAGAAUUUCUAUUCUUAUUCAUCCUUCUUGAGAUCUUAUCAGAAAUAUGAAAAAUUGACGCCAAUGCAUCCUCACAACAUUGACACUAUUGUCAUCGGCAAGGCGCACGUCCCACCUAAUUUCCGAUGCAAUAUUUGGCUAGAGAACACAGACAAACCUAAAGCAGGCAGGUUUAACUACAAAAUUGUGUCUGAACCCAUCAAUGAUUUCCGCUUAUACAUAUUCCAAUGUUCACUGAACAAGAACAUGGGAAAGCCCAAGGGAAUCAGCUUCUACAGUAAUGAUUAUAAUAUAAACCCAAUACAUGCACCAAUAAACAGAGUUAUUGAGGUGAACACUAAGAGAAAACCUAGGGAGAGAAGUAAUAUUAAGUUUGUGAAUAACAUUGAACCAGCUAUUUGUAUCAUACCAAACCAAGUGCCGUUGGUAUCAAGAGAUUCUUUCAUCGAGUUUUUAGUAUUCCACCAUAUGGUGGGAGUGAACUACUUUACAAUAUAUGACAGUAUGAUAUCCGAAGAUAUAAUUAGAAGACUGAACCUACUGCCACCUGACAUCACUCAGUGGAACAUACAAUUCUUCCCUCUUAACUAUCCAUUUGUAUUUGCUAAGUCAUACAACAUUGUAAGGAAUGCUAUAGAGCUGAUUGUCUAUUCAGACACUUUAGAAUAG